UAGAACAGCAUUCGGGAUUCAGGUCUAUCAUGGACAACAUUUUUAAAAAUUUUGCAAUUAUGAUUAUAACAGUUCUCAUUAUCUUUGAAUUAGUGAUAAGCUUAAAUAUGCAAGGAAACCCAGCAGGCGCAAGAAAAUUCUCCAAGAAUCGUCUAAAGCACCAAGAUUCAUCUCAUAGAAGAAGGUGGAUUUCUUGCUGUGGAAAUCUGUCAUGCAUGGGAACCGACAGGUCAAAGAAAUAUACAAAAAUUAAACAGUCUGUGAGCGAUCAAACUCUUCAGUUUUCACAAGCAUCAACGCAAUUCAACUCAAUAAUCAGUAGUUUGUCUAGUAAAAAUGUGGAUGAAAAUAAGCAACGUUCCGAGUUAAAUAUUGAAAUUAACGUGAGACUGCCAACAACAGAAGCUCUUCCUGAUGUGAAAAAUGGGGAAACAGCAGAAUCCUCCACGUCGGAAGGAACUUGGGCUCAAGAUUAUUCAAUUGAUGCUACGACUCCGACAGAGAGUCAUAGUUCAGUCGUUUCCACCGAGUUCAGUUCAUCUGUCAUGGACCCGAGGUUGAGUUCUGCUGAAAUUUUAAUCGUCUCUACAGAAUCCCCACAGACAACUUUUGCAAGCUCAACAGAAACGCAGUCCGCUUCUCAAACGACGUCCGAAACCCUUCCUAAUACCACCACAAAAACAACCCUAAGUGCUUCGACGGUGACAAAUUUAAGUAGUUCAACGGCCAAGAUCGAGGCCACAACAAUAAAAAACACGACUUCAACAACUUCAAAAUAUGCGACCACCCGCCUAACAACAACAACCAAGUGGACUUCCACCCAAAGUACACGAAAGGUCACACCGACGAGCACAUACCGACCACCUCCAGUUGCGACCACCUUAGAAGCUAAAGUGCAGCCUUCGAUUCCCAGAAAUUGCUCCAAAUACCUGCCAUAUUUUAGGAGGGAUGGAUCACUUCAAGAUCCAACGUAUUUUGGAUUUUGGGCUGAAGCUUGUGACACGCUCUACAUUUUUGGAAAAGCUAUUGCAAACUGGGAACAAAAUGUGGACAAAUGCUGCAGUCUGGGCAUGAAGCCGUUAUCUAUUGAAAGUGAAAAUAAGUCUAAAUGCUUUAAUAAUUUUAUUCAGGGAGAAAAAUGGAAAUACAAUACACGUUACUGGACUUCUGGGCUGCGAGGCUCAGCAUCAACUUUCAAGUGGGUCGACUCAGGGAAGGAAAUCGGUUCCUUCUGGUCCAACCGGCAACCGAACUACUCUAAUACAACUAACUGCGUGCAAUUGGUUAUUUCUAAGAAAAACAGUACCGCACUGUUGGAAAGCUACAAUUGUAGUUCAGUUCGAGCAUUUGCUUGCCAAAGUCCGCCGACGCCUAGACCACCUUGCGAAGCCCCGAUUUGCCGUUUUACCUCAAACUGCACGCAGAAAUUAAGCAACUUCAAUGUAUUUGUCGAUCAGAAAACUAUGGCUCUUGCAGGCAAUUAG